AUGGCGUUAGGAGGUUUGGCGAGACCUCUUCUGAUUAGGAAGACCUGGGGAGAUGCAUGGGUCCAUUUUGGAGCUGGAUUAGAGACCAGAGAAAAGAUGGAGGGACAACGCCCAGCAAAUGCAGGAUCUCGAAAAGGCCCUCCAGCUGCUCAGCCUUGGAGCUGUGGGAAGAAUGGGGCAAGUCCUGGACAGAAGAGCCAAGAAGAGGAAGCCAACAGUUCAGAGGUCCAAUGCUAUGACUUCAGGAAAGGGCAAUUCCAGGAGGGGAGGGGUCCCCGAGAUGUUUGCAGUCAACUUCACCGCCUUUGCCGUCAGUGGCUGCAGCCAGAAAGACACACCAAGGCUGAGAUGCUGGACCUGGUGCUCCUGGAGCAGUUCCUAGCUGUCCUUCCCCCAGAGAUGGAGAAAUGGGUGCGGGAGUGUGGAGCGGAGACCAGUUCCCAGGCGGUGGCCCUGGCCGAAGGCUUCUUGCUGACCCAGGAGUCUGAGAAGAUGCAAGCAGAGUUGCAGGUAUGAGAAUGUAAUCAUGGCAGUUCUAAAGAGAAUAUUUCUGAAUUUGUC